GCGCGCCGCGGCGCCCGCGGCGGACGCCGAGGGCGGCGGGGAGCAGGAGCCGCUGGCCGAGCAGAGGGAGGAGCUCCGGGCAGCUGUCGCGCGGCUCAUCCUCAGCCAUGCGCCUCUGCCCGCCGGAGAUGGACGCGGGCGCUCGCUGCCCCUGAGCAAGCUCGGCUUCUUCCCAGAGGUCCAACGGCACCGGUCGGGGCUGGGCACGUUGCGUCGCGCGCUGGAGCGCAUGAGUGACACCUUCGAGGUGGUGCAGCCGGAGGGGAAGGCGGCCGAGGUGCGCCUCCAGGACGCGGCCGAGCUGCCCCCCGCAGCCCAGGGCGUGGAGUCCCAUUUGGCGCUGCUGCGCGCCGCGGUGCUGGCCCGGCUCCGGGACAGUGAGGAGCAGGCCCUGCCCCUCACCGUGCUGGGCGCGGCAGGGGAGGUGCGGGACCUCCGGAAGGGCCUGGGCAGCCUGAGCAAAGUCCUUCGGCACUUCGGGGACGCGGUGGAACUGGUGGAGGAGGGCGACCCAGCGGAGCUGAUGGUGCGGCUGCUGCCCUCUGCGAGCGGGAGCGGGCAGGACGCCCGCCGCUCGGAAGGCCGGCCGUCCUCCGCCGCGCCGCCCGCGCCGGAGUGCGCCGUGGAGGCCGUGGCCGCACCGGGACUGUCUUCCGAGGUCAAGGAGGAGUGGAGCCGGGCGCGCUGCCGGGUCGUGGCCGUGCUGCAGAGGUCGUCCUGGGCUGGGGACAUCGUGGCAGUGGUGCAGCCCCUCGCCGGGAGGCAGCACCUGAAGGUCCAGCCGAGGGACCGCCGCAUGCCGGCGUUUUGGGUGGUGGAGGAGGACCUGCCGGGCGGCGCGGCCGCGCACGCCGAGGCGGGGGACGCGGAGGGCCCACCGAAGGCGCGCGGGGAGGCCCGCCGCCUGAAGGCACAGGCCGCCGGAGCCGAGGCCCGCGCGCGCAGCGUGUCCCGCGAGCAGCUCGUCCGCGCGGUCGACGCGGAGGAGCACGGGCAGGGCGGCGGCGUCCUCUGCGUGGUCCGGGCCGUCGACUGGCCCCGCGAGUCGCUGUCGCCCAGGGCGCGGGUGACGGAGGUGCUGGGCCCGCUGGGCAGCGCCGCGGCCGAGUCCGACGCGCUCCUGGCCUUCUACGGGCUGGAGUGGCGGGGCUUCGACCAGGCUGCGGAGGAUGCCCUGCGCGAGGAGUUUCCGACCGGGGACGGGGUAGUCGCGCAGGAGCUGGCGGCUGGCCGCGCCGACAUGAGGCAACUGCGGUGUAUCACGAUCGACCCGCCCAACGCCAAGGACCUCGACGACGCGGUGUCCGUGGUGCCCGGCCCCAGGCCCGGCACCUUCCGCAUCGGCGUGCACGUGGCAGACGUCACGCACUUUGUGAGGCCCGACAGCGCCAUCGACGCAGAGGCGAGGCGGCGGGCGACCACGGUGUACCUGAUCACGAAGGUGUACCCCAUGUUGCCCAGGAGGCUGAGUGAGGGGCUGUGCUCGCUGUUGCCCGACGGCGACAGGCUCUCGUUCUCUGUUUUCUUCACCCUCGACGGCGAGGGCAACCUGGUGCCCGAGGACCCGCCCUGGAUCCAGAAGGCGGUCAUCCGCACCUGUACGCGCCUCGACUACCACCAGGUGGACGCCGCCCUGGAUGGAGGGCCCCCAGACGACGGCAUCUCGCAGGAGGUCCUCGGCGAUCUUCGCUGCCUCGAGGCGGUCACCGCGGCGCGCCGCAAGCUCCGCAUAGACAGCGGCUCCGUGGUGCUCGAGCGGAGGUCCCCCGCGUUCAAGACCGACUCCGACGGGCGCGUGGAGGGGCUCGAGCUCGAGUCGACCGCUUCCGCAUCGCACCGGCUCAUCGAGGAGCUCAUGGUCCUGGCGAACCACAUCGUUGCCCUGCGGCUCGUCGAGGGGGGCGCUGCGGCCGCGGCCGUGGGAGGCGCUGCACAGGAGGCAUCGGUCUCGUUGCCGCUGCUCCGGCGCCACAAGGACUCGGAGUCGAAGGUGCGCCAGAAGGUGUUCGAGGUGCUGCCUGGGGCCCUGCGGAGCGAGGCCCCGCAGAACACUGGGCUGCAGGAGCUGCUGCAGUGGUGCAAGGAGCGCAUGCUGCCGCAGACGUACGAGGCCGUGUGUUCGGAGGUCCUUACGGAGUUCGAGGAGGCCGAGUACUUCGUGGCGGAAGUGAACGAUGACGGGGUUGAAGACGAACAGGAGGCUCCCGAUCUGGCACAUUGGGCAUUGGCGCUGCCCGCGUACAUGCACUUCACCUCUCCGAUACGCCGCUACGCGGACGUCCUGGUGCAUCGGCGGCUGGCGUACAUGUUGGAGCAGGAGGCCUCUUCGCGACAAGCCGAGACUCGCGCUGACCAUGGCGCGGGGGGGGCUGCUGUGGACCACGGUACUUUCUUGGAGGGACUGAAGGAAGCCGCCAACGUGUGCAACGCCAAGAAGCGCGACGCGCAGGAUGCACAGAUCGACGCGAUACAGUUGGCACUUUCGGAGCAUGUCAGUCGGAGUGGCGGCGUCGAUGUCGAGGAUGCCGUGGUCACGCGGAUCCUUCUGCCGCGGCUUCCGGAUGCGCGAGAGUUGGAGCAAGAAGCUGCCCACCCCCCCCAGGCACUGGACGAGGUGGAGGCGUCGCGUACGUUCAAGGAGCGCAUCCAGAAACGGACGAUAAAGGAGGCGCUGGAGUUCUACAUCCCGCUGGCACAGUGCUCGCGCUCGGUGAGCUUCGAAGCGCUCGGUAUCGAGCUCGUACCCGGCAGUGAUGUGCAGCAAGGGGACGGCGGUGAGGGCCCUGCGCGCCCGCCGGGCAAGGCCGGCGGCGGCAAGAGCGGGUCAGCCAGCGAGGCCGUCACCGCCGUGAGCAGCGUCCGGGUCCGCGCCGCAGGCCGCGCUGGACCAGAGGUGGAGCUGCGCGCGCUGGAGCCCCUUACUGUUCGCCUGGUGGCCGAGCAGACGGAGGCGCUCUCACCGCGACGGUGGACGGUGCGCUUCCCCUGGGCCGCCGCCGCCACGGACGGCGGCCCCGGCGCGGGCGCCGUGGAGGGCGCCGCGCGCGAGGGGCCGCCGGGGCCCCGCUCCCGCUCCCUCCGGCCCGCCUCCUCUGAGCUGCCGGCGCCGGUCGCGCCCUCGGGCUCGGGGGCCGCCGCGCCCCCGCCGCCGCCGCCGCCCCCGCCCUCGGGUGCCGGGGCGCCGCGAGCGGGCCCGGGCGGCAUCGAGAAGAGCGCCGCCUCUCCUCUCGGGAGCGGGGGGGGCUUGCCGGGCGGGGUGCUCGAGAGCUCCACGGGCGCCGUGGGGCAGGGGCAGGACGCCGAAGUGCCGUGCACUCUGCGGUGGCCCAUGGGCCAAGGCAUCGACCAGGACGGCUUGGUCUCCGCGCUGCACGGGGACUUCCACCCGCUGGUCGAGUCCAAGCUGGCCAUCGGCAUGCUGCUGCCGAUGGUGGUCGCCACGACACUGGCCCAGCUGGUCUGCCGGCACCUGCACAGGCUGCACGAGAAGCCGCCCGCAAGGUCACGGUUGAACAGCGACUUCGCCUCGCCCGCGAAACUGCAGGCAAUGGGCGUUCGGUUUGCUCCAGUUCGCAACUGGGGCAGAUCGUUCCGUGGUGCCUUCGUCGCCGACGACAAUGACCUGGACUUAGAGGAAAGUGACCUGGGCCGCUUUACAGUGGACAGCGAGUCGCAGACUUGGUGCCUUCACAGUUUUCAGAUUUGCCUUCAGGCGAAUACGUGCAUAACGGUGGGCGUAGCCACUACUUUCUUCAGCCACAUUUUUACGAAGGGCCACUUGGUCACCGUGACGUCUGCCGUCGUGGUGGCGCUGUCGGCCUUCGUGUGCUUGAUGGCAGCGGGGGGGAUGUCUCCACCGUUCGCCGCCUCGGGCUUGCCGCCCUCGCUAUUUUUCCUCUGUCAUGGAGUCGCCGUGGUUCCAAAGCAGGACUCCUUGGGCACCGGUUUAGUGCCCUAA